AUGUACAACCCACCACCACCAUCACAAGGCCUUGCCAAAGGAAACAAUUAUUAUAGACAACCAUCGUCAACACCAGGAGUAGGCGCACCAGGUCAGCCAACAGUGCCAAACUUUGGCGCUCCAAUGAAUAUGUCUAGAGGCGGAGCGCCAUCGGCCCCACCCCCUGGCCAGUUCCCACCUCCACCUCCAGGCGGCCAGUUCCCACCUCCUCCAGGCGCUGGUCAGUACCCACCACCUCAGCAGGCCGGCCAAUACGGCGCACCACCCAGCCAGCCAGGCCAGUACGGCGCACCCGGCCAAUACGCACCUCCUCAGGGACCAGGCAUCACACUACAGAAAGAUCAAUCGAUCUCAUUGAACAAAGAGGAUCCAUACCUGCGUCGUAUAUUCGUUGGACUUGGUUGGGACGUCAGCCAGACACCAGGAUUCCCCUUUGAUCUCGACGCCGUGGUCUUUAUGCUGUCGCCCAAUGGUACAGUCAGAACCAGUCACGACUUUAUCUUUUACAACAACAAAGUGUCAAGAGAUGGCUCAAUCGCUCAUCAAGGUGAUAACCUUACAGGAUAUGGAGAGGGAGAUGAUGAGACUGUUACAGUUAACUUGCAGGGAGUGUCACCGGAUGUUACAAGACUGGUGUUUGCUGUGACGAUCCAUGAUGCCGAAAAUAGAAGACAGAACUUUAGUCAGGUGCCACGCGCAUUUAUUCGCAUUGCCAAUCAGGAAACAAGCCGCAACAUCUGUCGAUAUGAUCUGUCCAACGAGGGCGGCAUGAACACGGCACUGAUCGCCGGAGAGGUGUACCGCGAGGGUAACGAAUGGAAGUUUAUCGCUAUUGGCAGGAGUUUCCCAGGUGGUCUAAGAUAUCUGUGUCAGAUGUUUGGAGUCAACCUUGGAUAG